AUGGCAGAACUAACCUUAAGAAAUAAAUUAGCUGAGAUUUUGAGCAGACCAAACAAUCCAGAACUUGAGAUGGAUUUCAGAGCAACUUGUUCAGAACUUCAACUCAAUCCUAGUCUUUACGAUCCUCCAAUAAUGCAAGCUUACCAAGAUUAUCUUAAUGCUUAUCAGCAAAAAACAUCCCUUUAUAAUUUUGCCUAUGAAAACAAAAGAACUAGUCUAAUUAUUUAUAACACUGAAACUGAAACCCAAGAAGCCAAAGCCUUGCAGACUCCACAAGAACUAGACAAAUUCACUUGCAUAGCUCAACUUCCAAAUGGCAAGCUAUUCUGUUUUGGUAAUAAUCGACUUUCUCGAAUUACAGUGCUAAUUGAUAGAAAUGGUGGAGUCGAAGUGCUGCCAUCUGGAACCCGUUGUCAACAAUCAUCAUGCAUCUAUUUCAACAACAGUGUCUAUUGCUUUGGAGGACAAGAUAAUAAAGGCUUAUUAACUCUAUCUUGUAGAUUUGAUUUGGAUCAAAACCGAUGAAUUAAAUUAACUCCAAUGCCACAAGCUGAUUUAUUGUGCAAUAGUAUAAUGUUUAAUGGAAAUAUUUUGAUUUCUGGAUAUAUUAGACGAAAUCUUUGCUUAUACUCAACCGAUAUUGACUCUUUCUCGACAAUUCCUUAUAAGUUUUCUAAUUAUAGAAGAAAGAUCCUAAUAAAUUCAGAGAGACUUUAUUUGAUUGAAUGCAUUAAAUUAGGAAAAAUUUAUGAAAGCGAAAUUGGAAGUUACAUGGAUUGGACACCAAUAGGAAAUACAUCAGCAAUCAAUUGCAGACCUGUUCAAGUGUAUUGUUCAUAUAAUAAAGGAGGAAUAUACUUUGGAAUUGAGGAAUAUCAGUAUUACAAGUUUGAUUUGAAUGAAAAGAGAAUGAUUGAAUUAAAGUCAUAA